AUGUCAUUAACUCAAGAGCAAAAAGACGCCUUUAAAGCAAUUUUUAUUGAAACAGUCACAAAUUUUGCUCAAAAAGUAGGUCAACCAACCGAAAAAGUAUUUCUUCAAAUCCUUCCACUUACUGUUGUUGCAGGAACUGAAUAUCUAAAGUCAUAUGAAGAAGACUUAAAAACAAAACUUGAAGACAGCAAAGCUAAAUCUCAAAAAAUAAUUGGUGCAUUGUCUACAGUUAAGGAGCCUGAAAAAAUAGAAAAGUCAGGAGAUAAACAUCUUCCUCUUGGAGAAUUACUUGGAAAAAGAGUUCAAAGAGGAGAAGACUGGAAAUGGGAUGAUCAAGAUGGUGGAAUUGGAUCAUUUGGAAAAGUAGUUGGAGUAAAAGGUAAUGGAUGGGUCAAAGUACAAUGGGAAUCAAGUAGAAAUGAGAACAGAUACAGAUGGGGAGUUGAUAAAGCUUACGAUGUUAAGGUUGUUGAAAUAGUAGAUGAUUUAGGAGAUAUCCCACCAUUAGAAGAACAAAUUAAAAAACCUACUAGUUGG